CUUGUCACUUCUUUAAAAUCAAAAUGGCUGACGAAGCAGAAGAUUUGUCACCAGAACAAACGGAAAAGUUAAUUCAGUUUCAGGAUCUCACGGGUAUAGAUGACAUAACCAGGUGUCGCACCACUUUAGAGAGACACAACUGGGACAUUGAGGUAGCCGUGCAGGACACCUUCAACGAGCAGGAAGGCAACCCCAACGUGUAUGAUGAGCCCCCUCCACAAGAGCCCAGGGCUCCAUCCAUGAACCUGGAACCCACAGAUCAACGGGUGUUUACAGUGCAACCCCGAAGUCCACAGGGCAUCGUGCAAUGGAGUUACUACAUCCUCACCUUUCCUUUCAGAUUUUUAUAUUCUACCCUCCUAGACAUUUUUAGAUUUGCUGUUCAGUUUUUACGAGUGGAUCCACGAAGAAAUGUGACAGACCCAGUUGGAGAUGUUACUCGGUUUAUCAGCUUAUACAAUGAUAAAUAUGGUGCUAGACACCCAGUAUUCUAUCAAGGAUCUUAUAGUCAGGCAUUAAAUGAUGCCAAGCAGGAGCUGAAGUUUUUACUUGUGUACCUCCACGGAAAGGACCAUCAAGAUUCCGAUGGUUUCUGCAGAAAUACACUUGGAAAUGAAGACUUCAUACGCUUUGUAGAUACCAGCAUGCUGUUCUGGGCAUGCGAUACAAACAGUCCAGAGGGCUAUAGAGUGAGUCAAGCAUUACGAGAGAACCGAUAUCCAUUUUUAGCAUUGAUAGUUCUGCGUCAGAGCAGAAUGACAGUAGUUGCCAGAAUAGAGGGGCCAAUUGAACCUGGAGAUUUGAUAAACCGGUUAGAGGUUCUCAUGUCUGACAACGAGUCGUCGCUGGUAGCAGCCCGCGCAGACAGAGAGGAACGCAACUUCAAUCAGUCACUACGGCAACAGCAGGACGAGGCUUACCUGGAGUCACUGAGGGUCGAUCAAGAGAAGGAGAGGAAGAAGAGGGAGGAGAAGGAACAGGAACUGAGGGAGCUGGAGAGGCUGAAGCGAAUGAAAGAGGAACACCAGAACAUGCUACAGGAGAGAGAGAACCGUAAGGAUGAGUUGCGGCAAGAGAUUCCAGCAGAGCCAGAUGACUCUGACCCAGAUGCCAUACGGGUCGUCUUGAAGUUACCUCACGGGACACGCAUUGAACGACGUUUCAGGAAAACUGAGUCCCUUAAAUACCUGUAUUACUUCACGUUCUGCCACGAGGACUGUCCAGAUGACUUUCACAUAGUAACAAACUUCCCCAGGAAAACCUUGCCAUGUGAGCCAACUAGCGAGAAUCCUGAACCUAUCAGUUUUGAGAAAUUUGGACUUGGAAAAAACGAAAUGCUUUUUGUACAGGAUAAUGAAGCUUAGGUGAUUUAAUCAUAAAUAAAUUAUAGACUAUUCAAACGUGAGGUCAUUGAAAACGUAUGUUGUUAGAAACAGUGAACUUCCUUGAGAGGGGCAUUUUUGCAGAAAUUCAACUAUGAAGCAUUUGUCUAUCAUGACUUUGCUAAAGGUUUUGAAGAAUUGGUGGGAAUUAUGUUUCUGCUUUAUGUCUCCUGUUUUGCUGAAUGGAUCUACCCCAUGGGGAUUUUGUCUUUUAAUCCGGAGAAUUGUGUUCAGGCUGCAGCCAGUUUUAUGUAAGAAAUACAUUUUUCAUGUGUUAAAGUUAUCUGUUUGUGUUUCACUUUUCAAAAUUGUAUGUAAAAAGGAAGGAUUUGUAAACUUUUAAACGCACAUACAAGAAGCUGCUAUGAAAAUGUACCAUAAAUAUUUUAUUUUAAGAUUGAUAUAACUCAAAAACUAUUACCAAAUGACAUUUGAGACUUUCUUUAAAUAAAAGAAAUACCCACCUGUACAAUGUAUUUUAUUUUCAGUUGUUACAUUUUAUUGCCUUGUUUCCAAUGAACGAAAACUGUUAAGACAGGCAUGAACAUUGCAUAUAGAAAUUAUGUUUUUGUGGUACAUAUUUUAGUGAGUUGUCCUAUUAUCAUGUAUUUUGAUAAUAAAUAUUAAACAUU